UUUGCUCAGUGGGAGUGUCUGACCUUCCAUAUAAAGAGCGGUGCAGUUCAGUUCAGGAGAAGUGCAAGACUGGGGACAGAAAGCUGUUGAAGCACUUCACUUGAAAGAUGUUGAGGAUAUCUCUCUGGCCGUUAGUGGGAGUGUUUGUGUUUGUGUUUGCUUCCUGCUCCAUCACAUGUCCUGACGGGCACAUCUGUUCCAAUUUCGACACCUGCUGUAUGACUAAGCAUGGAUAUAGCUGCUGUCAAUAUCCAAAUGCUGUGUGUUGCUCUGACUUGGCCCACUGCUGCCCUCCAGGGUUUCACUGUGACCUGGUUAAACAGAUGUGUGAGAAAGAACCAUGGAUGAAGAUACCCAUGGUGAAGAAAGAGAAUGCAGAGAAACCGAGCACUCCUGUUCUUCCUGUAUCUCUCCUUCAGGAGCUCGAAAACAACCAUGUGUCAGACCAAAAAAAGAGCUCAGUUGUCUAUUGUGACAACUAUUACACGUGUCCCGAUGGCACUACCUGCUGCAGACACCCAGCAGGCACCUGGUACUGUUGCCUGUAUACUCUUGGCAGGUGUUGUCUGGAUGGCUUCCACUGUUGUCCUUAUGGCUACAACUGUGACCUCACUUAUACGUACUGUGUGAGGCAAGGCCUGAGAUAUCCUUUCACCCCAAAGCAAAAUCUGCAUUCAGUCCCUGCCUCUCUCAUUUCAACUUCAGAGGACAAAAGCAGUUUGCAAGAGACACCAAUGACAGCUCUGACAGAAGCCAGUGGCGGCAACACUGAUGCUGGGGUCAUUCGCUGUGAUCCCAAGUUUUACUGCUCAGCAGGGACAACUUGCUGCAAAGGACUGACAGGCCGUUGGAACUGCUGUCCCUUCCCACUGGGCCAGUGUUGUUCAGAUGGUCGGCAUUGCUGCGAGUAUGGAUAUAAUUGCGACGUUGCCUCCCUGUCAUGCAGAAAAUGGUACUCUCACGUCCCCUCAGGAGUGCAGGAACACGCCAAAACAGACUGAGGACAUGUUGUUAAAGUUUGUGCACUGUGACAGCUUUGCAUUAGUUUGGUAUUUCAGAUCAAAUUGUACAAUGCAUCAUCAUCAGACCUAGGUGACUGUUAAAUGAGUGAAUAAUGUGCUUACAACCUCAAAGAUUAUUUAUCUUAUCCAUGUUGAAUUCAAUUUUAGAUGAAUGGUGCUGUAAAUUGUUUUGGUUCUAACAAGGGAUGGGAUGUAAACAUUCAUUUUCAGCAGGAUUUCAUGCCAAAGUUUGUAACUAUGUUGAGACAGAGUUUCAUCUGAAGAUUUCUUUAGAGAUAGACAAAUCAGGUAGAGUUGUAUGCCAAUGCCAAAUCAUUCCAUGAUCUUUCCCAAUGAAACAUAACAUUUGAACACAAACAUAUGAACUUCUUUAAAUAAAUAAAAUUAGCAAAUGUGA